AUGGAAUCGGUCAGCCAGUACUUGAGCUCAGCUCAGUCCUAUGGACGGAACGAUUUAGUACGGGCCGCAGCCAUCGCCGCAGGAGCAGUACUCCUACCUCUCUUCAUCGUGGCGUACAACGACUACCGCUUUUAUGUGUCCCUCGGGCCCCACGGCAUGCCGGACAACUUUUGGGGCUGGAAGAGACAACUCAGCCUGGCGCCCAAGGCGCGUAAAGACACGACGGUGCCGGCGCCAUACGACCAGGCCGAGGCGGCCCGCGCAUUUGGACCCAACUCGGCCGACACCUUCCUCAAGGGGCCUCUUCAAGCCCGCCCCGGCGGCCGUCCCGAGGUCUGCGGCUUCGUGGCACCGCAGCGCCAAAUGACGGACCGCUGCAGCGAAGACAUGAAGAGGGCCAUGAACGCCUAUCUGGACGAGCUGGUCUUGGAGAAUCCGAACCUCUUGCAGCGGGAGAACUCGCUGCUCGAAGGUCCCGUGCCCGCCGUGCAGAUCAAAAAGGGCGCGCCCAUUCCCGAGUGUCUCAAAAAGACCCGGGGCGAACUCAUCCAUGUCCACCCGCCAGAUGGAAGCACACACCUCGUUCUGAGUCUCCCUGACUCGGCCCGGGUUAUCGAGCAGUGCUGGGGCCAGCGGCAUCGAUUGAGUGGUGGGCCUAUUCUUCAAUGGGGUUACACACUCAUCUACGGACCUCGAAAUGAAGAGGAGUUUGCCCUGUGGAAGCAAAUUGUUUCUGCUGCUGCUAGGUUCACAACUUCCACUGUCGGCAAAGUUCAGAUCCCAUAG